UAGGCAUUACAGAAAAGUAAUGCAAUUGUUGCUGCAGUGAAACCAGCCUCACUGGAGCAACUCCUUCCUCUUACUAUCUGUGGAUUGGGCCUCUUGCUCCCCACGCCUUGUGGGCCGUGGAGCAGAGGGUAUAAGUAGGUUGCAUUCAACAGUGUAGUGUUGGAGAACCAGCGGGCACCCACAGGAGGAAACUGUGUACAGGCAACAUGACUUCAUUAAUGUGGGGACUGAUCUGCUUCAUCGGCUCUCUGGCAUCAGGGGCUCUGGGAGUUUUCCCACAGCUUCGGGCCCAGCACCGACAGAUCCACUCAGGUAGUCCUCUAAUCCCACGAGCGUCCCCGCAAGUACACGCAAGGGUUUCUCAGUGGUUUGAAGAUAUCAAAUCUGCUGAGCAAAUCUCUGACGAAGCCCUAAGCGCUGAAAGUGAUUACACUGACCGAGGCUUCCAGCAGCAGCAGAGUGUCCGGCCAGGUGUCAGCAGCCUCCAGGCACAGGAGAGAUGGAGGAGUGACAGGGCAGCUGGCAGCAGUAAUUCCAGGUCUCGCUAUCAGCCUGCCGAUCACCUUCUGCCAAAGAGCGAGCUGCCCUCACCGUUGCAACUCAAUCCUGCACCAUUCACAUCCCGGCAGCCUGCUAAAGACUUGAGUGUCUCUGCUGCAUCCAUCAGAACUGCUGCAGCAACAAGAUCCAACUGCAGAAAUCGGCCCAUAGACCUGGUCUUUAUCAUAGACAGCUCCCGCAGUGUACGUCCGGCUGAGUUUGAGAAGGCCAAGGACUUCUUGGAAGACAUGGUGGACAGCUUGGAGAUCGGGUACGAUGCCACCAGAGUUGGCCUCGUCAAUUAUGCCAGCACAGUGCAGAUCGAGUUCCUGCUGAAGACGUAUUUUGACAAGUUUGCCCUAAAGCAGGCACUGGCCCGAGUCGAGCCCCUCGCCUCAGGCACCAUGACAGGCAUGGCCAUAAAGACUGCUAUGGAGAAAGCAUUCACUGUGGAGGCAGGGGCCCGGGCUAGUUCCUUGAACAUUGCCAAAGUGGCCUUCAUAGUGACGGACGGGAGGCCCCAGGACAAGGUGGACGAAGUGUCAGCCGCAGCUCGUGCAUCUGGGAUUGAGAUCUACGCAGUGGGAGUGGACAGAGCUGAUAUGAUGUCCCUCCGCCUCAUGGCCAGCCCCCCAUAUGAUGACCAUGUCUUCUAUGUCGAGACCUAUGGUGUCAUAGAGAAGCUAACUUCCAAAUUUAGGGAAACCUUGUGUGGUAAGGAUGAUGAUAACGGGAGUGCGGACACUCCAUUAAAUGGUGGAAUUGAUGAUUAUGGCAGAAAAGACCUUAAUGGGAUAAAUAAUGAAAAUGACGAUAAAGGAAACAACGGUUCUGAUGCAUGUGCUCUGGGACACGAUUGCCAGCAUAUUUGUGUCAACAACGGCGACUGGUACAACUGCAAGUGUCGCUCGGGCUACGUCUUGAACCCGGACAAGAAAACAUGCUCACGUUUUGAUCAAUGUGCCCAUGGACAUGACUGCCAACACAUUUGUGAAAACAAUGAGGACUCUUUUAUCUGCAAGUGUCGAAUGGGAUAUGUGUUGAAUGCCGACCAAAAAACAUGCUCAAGUUUGGAUAUAUGUGACCACGGACAUGACUGCGAGCACAUUUGUGAUGCAAAUGGUGAUUCUUACUUUUGCAAGUGUUAUGAGGGAUAUAUGCUGAAUGCAGACCAGAAAACAUGCUCACGAUCAGAUCCAUGUACCCAUGGAAAUGACUGCCAGCACAUUUGUAUAAACAACGAUGGCAUAUACACCUGCAAGUGUCAUGAGGGAUAUCUGUUGAAUCCGGAUAAGAAAACGUGCUCACGUUCAGAUACGUGUGCCCAGGGACAUGACUGCCAACAUAUUUGUGUGACAACUGAUGACUCGUACAUCUGCAAGUGUCGAAUGGGAUAUGUGUUGAAUCCAGAUGAGAAAACAUGCUCACGUUCAGAUCCAUGUGCCCUUGGAAAUGACUGCCAGCACAUUUGUAUAAACAAUGAUGACUCGUACAUCUGCAAGUGUCAAGUGGAAUAUGUUUUGAAUCCAGAUAAGAAAACAUGCUCACGUUCUGAUACAUGUGCCCAGGAACAUGACUGCCAACAUAUUUGUGUCAGUACUGAUGACUCGUAUACCUGCAAGUGUCGAAUGGGAUUUGUGUUGAAUGCAGACCAGAAAACGUGUUCACGUUCUGAUCCAUGUGUCCAUGGAAAUGAUUGCCAGCACAUUUGUAUAAACAAUGAUGACUCGUACAUCUGUGAGUGUCAAGUGGGAUAUGUGUUGAAUCCAGAUAAGAAAACGUGCUCACGUUCAAAUACGUGUGCCCAGGGACAUGACUGCCAACAUAUGUGUGUCAGUACUGACGACUCGCACAUCUGCAAGUGUCGAAUGGGAUAUGUGUUGAAUGCAGAUAAGAAAACGUGCUCACUUUCAGAUACGUGUACCCAGGGACAUGACUGCCAACAUAUAUGUGUCAGUACUGAUGACUCGUACGUCUGCAAGUGUCAAAUGGGAUAUGUGUUGAAUCCAGAUAAGAAAACAUGCUCACUUUCUGACCAAUGUGCCCAUGGAAAUGAUUGCCAGCACAUUUGUAUCAACAAUGAUGACUCGUACAUCUGCAAGUGUCGAGUGGGAUAUAUGUUGAAUCCAGAUCAGAAAACAUGCUCACGUUCAGAUACAUGUGCCCAGGGACAUGACUGCCAACAUAUUUGUGUCAGCACUGAUGACUCUGACAUCUGCAAGUGUCAAAUGGGAUACGUGUUGAAUCCUGAUAAGAAAACAUGCUCACGUUCAGAUGCAUGUGCCCAGGGACAUGACUGCCAGCACAUUUGUGUCAACAAUGAUGACUCGUAUACCUGCAAGUGUCGAGUGGGAUAUGUAUUGAAUGCAGACCAGAAAACAUGCUCACUUCCGGGAUUGGAUGCAUGUGCCCAGGGACAUGAUUGCCAGCACACAUGUUUCAACAAGGGGAACUCAUUCAUCUGCAAGUGUCGAGUGGGAUAUGUCCUUAACAUGGAUAGGAAAACAUGCUCACGCUCGGAUGCAUGUGCUCAAGGACAUAACUGCCAACAUAUUUGUAUCAACAAUGGGGAUUCCUACAACUGCAACUGUCAUAUGGGAUAUGUGUUGAAUGCAGACCAGAGAACAUGCUCACGUUUCCAUAGCCACGCUUUUCUCACCAAACCCUGAGCUACAAAGUAUUAAUAUCUACUGCAAGAAGUAUUGAGCCCAGCCUGACUGAGCAAAUGUGCCAGACUGGUACUGACCUACCAAGAGCUUUGACAUACAUGGACAUGGUUUCCAUGAGUCCCCAAAACAACUGUAUCAGCCAAAGUUGCAACAGCUUCCCCGGGGACUCCUUGAACUCUAUUUCAAUAAUACUUGAAGAGCAGUUGGUCCAUGUGCCUCAUUGGACAAGAGCAAUUCUGAAACCAUCCUAAACUACACAAGAUGAUUUAAGGUGAGCUCCCUGUUUCAAUAUAGAUUUCAUAUAUAGCAUGUCAUAUUUUACACAAACAAAAUGGUCUGUAGGCUAUCUAGACCAUUUGAUACUGAAAUUUGCAGGAAAUCAGGAUAUAUAUGAAAAUUAUGUUAAGUUUAUAGCCCUUUUAACAAUGAUAGGGUGAUUUGCCUUUUUAAAUAGGUUGAGGAUUGUGAUGUGAAACUUAAUGUGUCACAAUUAUGAUACCUUUUAUGUCUUUGUUUUUGCAUUCUCCAGUGGUGGAAAAGUCUGUAGUUGACAGCAACCAGAGCUACAGUGUCCAGCAAUAAGACAUACAGCACAACUUCUGGUUCCAGCCUUUCACAGCACAGUUUGUAGAACAUUAAGUGAACUGUGCUUGUGAAAGAAAUGACACAAAGGGAUGACCUCACCACAACUUUGGUCCAAAAGGAUCCAAAAAAAUGUUGAUUUGCCUGUUGUCUGUUAUGACUGUAUCUUUUCAGUGAUUUUGUAUAUAACACAUAUGUGAGUGCUUAAGUGAUUUACAUGUGUCUUAAGCUUAUGACACCUGACCUAAUACAUCUUCCUAGAUUGUGAUUUACUAGUUGACGUGACUAAAACAUUUUAAACAUAUUUUCUAACAUCAAUCACAAAAGUAAAAAGUGAUUGCAAUAUCUCAGCUCUACUGUUGAAUCAAUUGUCAAUUGUGAUGAUUUUUUUUGUUUGAAACAAAAAAACAAGUUUUAUAAGAAAAGGGUCAUAUUGAACAUCCACUCUGCAUGGGUGUUACAAAAAAUGUCCGCUGCUACUGUCUAAUCUGUAAAGAGAUUAAUGAGCUGUGUUGCUUUUUUCUACCGUACAACCAUUUUAAGUAUAGUAAAGAAGCUACACUAAACAUGGUGAAACCUCACUCACAUGCUUCGACUUUCUCCAUAUCU